AUGUCAUCAAAUAAAAAUCAAGGAUUGCUUUCAUCAUCGGAUAGGCUCAACCAGACAAUUCUCAACAAGAUGAAACAACAGAUUUCUCACUCUAUUCAAGUGAACACAAAACCACAAAAAUCACUUUUUGAUAUGACUCCGCAAGAAAUGAUGAAAGAAGCUAUUCCCGGAGCACUCUACGGAGUGGUAAAAUUGCCAAGUUUUAAUAAUCAGGAAAAGAUGGUUAAUAUGCACGAAAAUGUUAAUCACGUUCAUAGAAAUAAUUUAGGAGCAUCCGCACAACAAAUUAACACCUCGGGAGCAGGCUUGUUUUUAGGAUCUUGUGGUUCAAGUUUAACAGAUCCGCAGUACAAACAACUUCGAAAAAUCUACUGUGGAGGCAUUCCUGAUAAUACAAGCGAACAAGAGUUGGUAGAGUUCUUUUCAACACAAUUACGGAAAUCUGGAAUGGAUUACACGAAUCAUUCGCAAGCUCCUCAACCAGCAAAUUCUCUUGAAUUAUUAAUUGCAGCAGGAAGUUCAGGAGGCAGUAGCGGAUACAGCUCGCAGUAUCAGUUUACAGACGAAAAUGUUGUACAGAUUUCAAUUCACAAAGGAUAUGCCUUUAUUGAUUUCCGAACACCACAGGAAGCCACAUAUUGUGUGAAUAAUUUGGAUGGAGUUCCAUUUAAAGGAUCUACUCUCAGAAUGAAGAGACCAAAGGAUUAUUACGACCCACAAGUAACUAUUAACUUUACCUACAAUAGACCUAAUGGUGGUAAAACAAAUGGAAGCGCGAUUUCCAAUUUAAUCGUUAAUGAUGUACUUAUAGAUGUCAUGCCAAGCAAGAAUGGAUUUCUUUUGGACUCUCCCAAUAAGCUAUUCAUUGGAAACAUUCCAAAAGAACUUAGUUUAAAACAACUUUGCGGCUAUCUAACAAAGAGAUAUCAGUCUAAGGCUGCAUUGAGAUCUAUUCACGUACCAAAAAUUUUUGAAAACGAAAAUGAAUAUGGAAAUGACGGAUUUUUGUUCUGUGAAUAUUAUGGAAACAAUGAAAAAGUAUUACCUGAAAUUGUUCGAACAUCACAAAGACAAUUAAUUGAAGAAAUGAAAAGUAUGACUAUCAUUACAGAAGAAGAAUAUACAAGAAUACAUCCAAAUACCAGUCCAGAGAUUUAUCUAGUUGUUCAACGAGCUCCAGUAGAAGCUAAGAUCGAAUUAACGGAAAGUGACAGAAUUUCUGAUCUUCAACAGGAAUACAGACAACAACUCGUUUCUGAUCCAAAAAGGGCAGCGGUUGGAGGACUGCUUGAUCUGAAUCUCAAAUACGAGAAUGCACUUCAAAAACUAGCCCUUCAUGAGAAUAUUCAAAUCACACCAACCAAUGUUUUAGCUUUUAUGAAUUGCCUGAACAUACCCGAAGAUUUUGCACGAGUUGAAGAAAUUAAGAGAGAUUUCUAUAAUGAAUGUUCUGCAUUUGGAAAGGUUGUGCAAGUAUCCGUUCCUUCCCCAGAUCCACAAACUACAAACAAUGAUCCUGCAAACAUUCCUUUUAUUUAUGGUGGAAAGAAUGCUGGAAAGGUACUUGUCAAGUUUUCUGAGGUUCAAGCAGCCGACAAGGCACAAAAAGAACUUGCUGGAAAGCAGUAUCGAGGAAGGACUCUCAUUACGUCUUUCGUGCCUCAACUCUAA